UCAUCUGAACGGAGGUGCAGGAGGUGUCUCAGCAGCAUCAGCAGCAUCAUCACUGUCCACCACACACUCACAGAGCCACAUGCAGUGCGAGCGUGUCGAGGGUUCGAAUCCCGCUUUAACAGCAGACGAGGCGGGAACCAGCCGGUCGGUGUCGGGUCGGAUCGGGAUGAACCAGCCCCGACUCCCCCGGAUCCCUCACACUUAGUACGGACCUGCUCCGCUCGACGCGUCCAGUCUGACACGGUUCAUAUUUUACAGCUCGGGCUGUUUCUCCUCUCUUCCAUCGCCCCUGGUCUCAGGCUCCAUCCUUCCCAUCGGAGGACCCCCCCCCCCCCCCCCCCUCCUAUAGAUGCUUCAGAGCCCCAUGUCUGCCGCGCGCAUCCCGCCUCCCCGCGCUCCCGAUACAUGGUGCAAGUCAGAAUGUCCAAAUCGCCCGUAGACCCGCUGUCUGCCAUGGAGACCGGCCCGCAGUCGCACUAUUUCCAGCUGCCCAGGAAGUUGCCUAAACGGAAGAGUCGCUUCAAACGCUCGGAUGGCAGCACGUCUUCUGACACAACGUCCAGCUUCAUCAAACGGCAGGGGUCGGCCGAUUCGUACACCAGUAGACCGUCGGAUUCAGACCUGUCAGCGGAGGAGGACCGCGAGGCGUAUCGGCGUGAAGCCGAGCGCCAGGCUCAGCUGCAGCUCGACCGAGCCAAGUCCAAACCCGUGGCGUUCGCCGUGAAGACGAACGUGAGUUACUGCGGCGCGCUGGACGAGGACUGUCCCGUCCAAGGAGCCGCGGUCAACUUCGACGCCAAAGACUUUCUGCACAUCAAAGAAAAGCACAACAAUGACUGGUGGAUCGGCCGCCUGGUCAAAGAGGGGGCGGACAUCAGCUUCAUCCCCAGCCCCCUGCGACUGGAGGCCAUGAGGCUGAAGCAGGAGCAGAAGCAGAGGAAAACGGGAGGAAAUUCCUCCAGUCUGGGCGACAUGGUGACGGGCGGCUGGAGGACCACGCCGCCGUCCGCGGGGGAAUCCAAACAGAAGCAGAAACAGGAGCACGUCCCGCCCUACGACGUGGUGCCGUCCAUGAGGCCGGUGGUGCUCGUGGGACCGUCGCUGAAGGGCUACGAGGUGACGGACAUGAUGCAGAAAGCCCUGUUCGACUUCCUGAAGCACAGAUUCGAUGGGAGAAUCUCAAUCACCCGAGUUACUGCCGACCUGUCGUUAGCCAAGAGAUCGGUCCUCAACAAAAGACCCAUCAUGGAGAGAUCCAACACUCGCUCCAGCCUCGCGGAGGUCCAGAGUGAGAUCGAGAGGAUAUUCGAACUCGCCAAAACCCUGCAGCUGGUGGUUCUGGACGCGGACACCAUCAACCACCCCGCGCAGCUCGCCAAAACCUCCCUCGCACCCAUCAUCGUCUACGUCAAAGUCUCCUCGCCAAAGGUUCUCCAGAGGCUGAUCAAAUCCAGGGGGAAGUCUCAGAGCAAACACCUGAAUGUGCAGCUGAUGGCCGCAGACAAACUCUCUCAGUGUCCCCCGGACAUGUUCGACGUCAUUCUGGACGAGAACCAGCUGGAAGACGCCUGCGAGCACUUGUCCGAGUACCUGGACAUCUACUGGCGAGCCACUCACCUGCCGGGGAACACGCCCCUCAACCCCUCACUGGAGCAGACUCUGCUGACUCCGCCCUCGGCCGUCUCCAGCUUACAGAACCAGAACCAGAACCAGCCGCAGCCUCGUGAGGCGGCGGGCGAGGAGGAGGAGGAGGAGGCUGGCGAGGAGGCCCACUCCCCGCUGGAGCAGGACAGUCUCAUGCCGUCCGACGAGGCCAGCGACUCCCUGUCCCGCGGCCGCAGGGGGAGCCCACGCCACAGGGGGGUCGAGGAGGAGGAGGAGGAGGAGGAGGAAGAGGAGGAGGAGGAAGAGGAGGAGGAGAAUGAGUAUGCCUCCCCCUGCCACGCUCGCACAUACAGGGACAUGUACCCCCCUCGCCGUGGGCACCCGGGCAGCGCCCACAGUGCCAACGGGCACGAGGCGCAGGACCGGCUGCUGCAGCGCGAAGCUCAACAAGGUCACAACCAGAGGAACAACCGGCAGCGCAGCCGCCCCUGGCCCAGGGACACCUACUGAGGAACGGGGCCCCGCCCACCCACCCCUGGCCCAGGGACACCUACUGAGGAACGAGGCCCCGCCCACCCACCCCUGGCCCAGGGACACCUACUGAGGAACGAGGCCCCGCCCACCCACCCCUGGCCCCGCCCACCCGAGCCCUCAGACUCUCAAAUGGUCCCAAACACAAAGUUUAGAGAUGAGAAAGACUUCCCCCCCAAAAUCCCAAACUCCUGUCUUUUACAAAGUCUCCCAGUUCAUGAAGCGGAAAAGAUGUUUUAAUAUUUACAAUCUCCCAGUUUUCAUUUUGAUCUGUUCGUAGGGGGGGGGGGGGGG